AUGGCUGAGAUCUUCACACUCACUUUGGGUGAUAUCGAUCAGUACUCGGCAACUCUAGCUACUACGCCAACUCUGACGGGAUCACGUAUCGUAUUUACCGAUCCACCAAGUCCGAAAGAUGGUUUCGACCUCAUUUUGUCUGAGGAGUUGCGCGGGAAAAUCGAAACUGCUUUGGACGAUGCAUGUGCCAACAUUGACGACACGUGUCUCGAGACCAUCAAUAACAUUCUUCUCAAUCCGCAGACUGAGCUAGAAGCACGACAGAUCUUGAUCGCUGGAUACUCUCUGGCGUUCUUGGCAGCGCUCUACUUUCCGAUAGCGAACAAGCUCAUCAAUUCGAAAGGCGUGCCGGUUGCUAUUCAUGCUCCCUUAAACCAAGUAGGUCCUAUAGCUUCCGCAGCGCAGGCAUCCACGCUUGCCUUCGCUACCGGAACUGGGACAGCAAUGGUUACAAUCACGCGGAAGCCUGAUGUAGCCUCAACCACGGCCUCCAACACACCGCAUCAAACAACGUUCAGCAGUUCGAUAGGCCAAAACCUGCCAGGAGACAUCGAGAUCUAUAUUCCUGAGGCUCUCGGACAGCGGAUGACUGAACUUAUCGACAGAAGCCAGAAAUGUACAAUCGACGACAGCUUUUCCGGUUCUCGAAAAGCCCGUAGUCUGGAUUUCAAUGAGCACCUGACUGGAGCAAUAUGCGCUACCAAGCAGGUCGUUCUCAAUGCCUCACCCGGUGCUGCUUUCGAAGAUCUUGGCUCUUUGGCGACAACUUCAAGUUGGAUACCAUCUUGGACGAUACCAGAAGUGCAAGAAGCAAUGGAAGUGGUGAUGCAAUUCGCCGAGAUCUCGUACCAAUUCAUCAACAUGAAUCCGUCAGUAGCACUGACUAUGGCCGCCUUCGUAUUCAUGUUAAUCUACGAGAGAUCGAUAACUGGCAACCCUAUAUAUCCUUCGAUCCGCAUUCCUGGCACUGAGCUUCAAGGAAAGGCGACAAUAUCGGUAACGCCCUCAAUAACGACUUUUAGCUCGACAAUGUCGGCGACCUCUACUGUUAGUAGCUCGAGCUCUUCUAGUACGCAGGAGUGCUCAGCAUAUUGCCGUGUGGCUGGCGCGAUCAAGAGAUGCACGACGGAAUGUCCAACGAUGACCGGUCUACCAACUGCGGUUCCAACCGAGUAUGCUGUGAGAACAAUGACCGUGGAGCCCUGGAUCGUGCCAAUCGAGCCUCAAAUUCCAAUCAAAGACUUGCUCACCUACUGUAUGCCUAACGAGGAUACCAUGUUUCCAAGCUCAGCAUUCAAUGCGACUUACGCCAACUUCUGCGAGAAAGCAGACGGCUCAGCCGAAGACGUUACCUGGAUGGUCAACGCCAAAGGUGAGCAAUUACAGUUCAAACGUCGGCGUUUCUGGAUACGGGAAAGCUCGAACACGUUUAGCGACUACAAGUUCGCCUUGUGGUGGAGACCCAAAACUGGAGAAAAUGCCACCGAUUGUGCUUUCUCAUGCGAAGAGGCUUUCGAAAGCCUUGUAGAGAAUAAAUCUUGCCAAGUAGGCGAUGAGGGUGGCUUCAUGGCAGGCAAUGGAGGCAUCGACAUCGGCUGUGGCACUUAUUCCUUCACUAUUCACCAUCAAAUCCAGUCUACCGUCGAGUGUUUGAACCACCCACUCGAUGCACCGAAGAGAGACGAUGUAGCCUCCGGGGGUACGAGCGUUGAGUCGGCUAUUCAAACGUGGUGUGGCGAUAACGAUGGCCAUCAAUUUUCCUCCAACUCGAUCUCAGAUAACGUGUACUGGCGUUGGGGUAUCACCCAACUCGACGUACCCGAUCGCCGCUCAUUCUGGCUCCGCGCCAAGCCACAUGGCGACAAUCAACAAGCAUCGUUCGUAAAAGACGAAUGCAUCGCCGCCCUUAAGGAAGGUCUGAGCAAGUGCGAUCCAGACUCUGAUACGUCGCACGGCUUCACCGCUACCGUUGGGACUAUCGACUACAGACUUGAUCUAAGCGGCGUCACGAAGGGCGAUAGUCCUCCUUGGGACGAACAUCCAUCUUUUCCUGCACCAGAACAAUUGACCGCGAAAGGCAGCAGCAAGCCCCAGUCACCCAAAUGUUGGGAUGGAACCAAAUACGCUACUGGCAGAGAGCUCUCUCCAGACGAUCUCGAACAAGCAAUUGACGCUUGGUGUAUCGAUGAUGCGGAGAUUAAAGGCUUCGGUCAGUAUGGUGACCAAGGAUGGGAAUUUCCUGCAGAUGGUCAGCCAGGUUUUUAUCCCGAGAGUCGAAAUCCACAGUAUCUCCAUCUCGGCAUGGAGACGGUUGAGAAUGGGGCGCCGAAACCGUAUGACGAUAUGAAGUGGUGCGAGUAA